AUGCCAAAAAGAAUUAAACAAGUUAAACAUUAUAGUCAGCGAAAGCAUUUAAAAAAAGCCCGUAGUGCUAAUAAAAAAUUCAACAAUGAAGAUUCUAAUAUACCUUCUUUAUCUAUUAUUGAUACAAAUACUAUAGAUUCUGCAACUAUUAACACAACAAUUGCUACUCAAACUGAAAAUAUUGUUAAUACAAUUGCCACACAAACUGAAUCUACUAUUAAUACUGUUGCUACCCAAACUGAAAAUAUUGUUAAUACAGUUGCUACACAAACUGAAUUUUUUGUUAAUACAGUUGCUACUCAAACUGAAGUUAUUACUAUACAAUCUAAUGAAAUUCAAGAUCUAAGUAUUGCCCGGAAUCAAUUAAAUAAUACAACCUCAAAUAGUUCAACUAAUUUAACACAAUAUGGUAAAGUAGCAGCAGACAAAUUAUUUGAUGA